UCCGUCAAUACUUGUUCUCUCCUCUGGUUCUCGGAGCCCAGGGAGCCAGGGAGGAAGGCUUAUCUGCGGGGAUUGGGGCAAAUAUCCGGGUGGUGGAAAGGGUGGGACUUCCGCGUCUCGCCGGAAGUGACGCGACAGUCGCGGCCGCAGACAGGUGGAACGGCAGGUGGGUUCAGGUGCCAGCCUGGCCUGGACCCGGCGGAGGGACUGACGCUUCCGGUGAGCGACAGCGGUAGCUCCCAGGGGCCUGAAGACCCGUGGGGCCGGCUCUGGGGUCUGAGCCCACCGCCCUGGCCUGGAAUUCGCCCUUGUACCUAGUCCCCAUUCCCCUGCCGAGCUGGACAGUUAGCCAGCCCACCUCAACUCUCAGAACCAUGUUUUCAGACUUGGAUUAUGACAUCGAAGAGGAUAAACUCGGGAUCCCUACUGUGCCUGGGAAGGUGACCCUGCAGAAGGAUGCUCAGAACCUGAUUGGGAUCAGCAUAGGAGGAGGGGCCCAGUACUGCCCCUGCCUCUACAUCGUCCAGGUGUUUGACAACACCCCAGCGGCCCUGGACGGCACGGUGGCGGCCGGCGAUGAGAUCACCGGUGUCAAUGGCAGGUCAAUCAAAGGCAAAACUAAGGUGGAGGUGGCGAAGAUGAUUCAGGAGGUGAAGGGGGAGGUGACCAUCCACUACAACAAGCUGCAGGCGGACCCCAAGCAGGGCAUGUCCCUGGACAUUGUGUUGAAGAAAGUAAAGCAUCGGCUGGUAGAGAACAUGAGUUCGGGGACCGCGGACGCCCUGGGCCUGAGCAGGGCCAUCCUGUGCAACGACGGGCUCGUCAAGAGGCUGGAGGAGCUGGAGCGGACCGCCGAGCUGUAUAAAGGAAUGACAGAACACACCAAGAACCUCCUACGGGCCUUUUAUGAGCUGUCGCAGACCCACCGGGCCUUUGGGGACGUGUUCUCUGUGAUUGGGGUGCGGGAGCCCCAGCCAGCUGCGAGCGAGGCUUUUGUGAAGUUUGCUGAUGCCCACCGCAGCAUCGAGAAGUUCGGCAUCCGGCUGCUGAAAACCAUCAAGCCGAUGCUGACGGACCUGAACACGUAUCUCAACAAGGCCAUCCCGGACACUCGCCUCACCAUCAAGAAGUACCUGGACGUGAAGUUUGAGUACCUGUCCUACUGCCUGAAGGUGAAGGAGAUGGACGACGAGGAAUACAGCUGCAUCGCCCUGGGGGAACCCCUGUACCGCGUGAGCACUGGCAACUAUGAGUACCGCCUGAUUCUGCGCUGUCGCCAGGAGGCCCGUGCCCGCUUCUCCCAGAUGCGCAAAGACGUGCUGGAGAAGAUGGAGCUGCUGGACCAGAAGCAUGUCCAGGACAUCGUGUUCCAGCUGCAGCGCUUCGUGUCCACCAUGUCCAAGUACUACAACGACUGCUAUGCGGUGCUGCGCGCUGCCGACGUCUUCCCCAUCGAGGUGGACCUGGCCCACACCACGCUGGCCUACGGCCCCGGCCAGGAUGAGUUCACGGACGGGGAGGACGAGGAGGACGAAGAUGACGACGACACUGCGGCGGGGGAGCCGUCCAGGGAUGCGCCCUCCAAGGAUGCGCGAGGGGCCGCUGGGCCCCUGGACAAGGGCGGGAGCUGGUGUGACUCCUGAUUGCCCCCAGGGCUGCAGAUCUGGGGGGCAGGGUGAGCGGGAGGACAGCACCCGGAAGCGGGGGCGGGGCCGCCGCACAAAUGGGCGGUGCAUAAAGGCCUGCUGGCUCAGGGCGCCCGCCUCCCUGCUCCUCUGUCCUCCAUGGAGCCCAGGCUCCUGCCCGGGAAAGUCCUGGGACCUGGACACCGGCCCCCUUCCUCCUCCUCCCCCCCGCCAGCCAGAUGGAGAGCUCAGCCUCUGGAACUGCUUUAGAAGGAGAGGGGGGGCAGAAAGGAGUGGUUGGAGCGAGGCAGGAAGUCCAGGACCCUGUCCCUCUGGGUAGCUCCACUGGCCCCACCUGGAGCCUGCUGGAGUUGGUGGCCGUGGGUGGGGGGACAGCCGAGGUUGGGGCCAGCGUCUCCGGGACACCUGCCCCUCUCCCCGGGUGCCCCACCGCAGCCCACGCUCACACCUCGGCGGCCUUUAUUUAUUUCCUUGCAUCCCGGGCUCGGCCGCUUCCCCGGGGAGGAGCCGAGCACUGGGCCUGUAUUGAAUAAACGCAAAGCCAGAUGGAGCCGGGCUCUUUGCAGUGACCUGAGACCCUCCUCCCCUCGACGCCCCAGCUGCUGCCUCCCUGGUCUCCAGGGAGGGGGCGGCCACAAGGUUUAUUGACACUCCUUUCUUGUAUGUCACUUACUCCUUGCACUAGCUCUGUGAACUGGUAUUGCUGUCUCCACUGACAGCCGGGAAACUGAGGCUAGAGAAGUUCCUUGCUCAGGGCCACCCAGUGUUACAGGGACAGGGUUGGCUUUGGACUUAGAUCUGGUGGGUCCCGGAGGCUCCAAGGCUUGCUGUUCUGGGGGGGCCUUUUAUGGCCUCCCUCAUCUUUGAUCCGCCGGCGCUUCUGGCUGGCAGCUCAGCCUUUACUUGGGGAAGGACAGGACAGGUGCUGAGUCAGGAGGCCCCGAGGCCCCACACUGGGGGGAGAAUGUGAGGGUGCCCUCACCCUCUGGGCGCACCUGUUCUGCCAGGGCCGAAGGGCAGUGGUGAAUGCUACCCUGGUACUCUGUGUCGUUGCAGAGUGGUGGAAAUAGGGUGACUGUGAGCCAUUCAGUCACAGUCUGUACCUGUGGUCCCGUGUCAUUAAUAGUGGCCCUUUUCACUCUGAAGUCGUCCCUGUUUGAACACUGGAUUACACGGUUGUGCUGAGAAGGGAAGAGGCUGUGAGGGGUGAACAGAGUCUAACGGGGUGGAGUGGGGGAGAAUGGCUUUCUGUUUAUCAGCUUGGAGUCCACAGGUCAUGGGCGGCAGCCGAAUGGGACUGUCAGGCAGGACCGGGAGCAGGGAGGGAGGAACGGGCUGUCCCUGGGAGUCCACCCGGGUCCCCAGAGCUGUCAGAGCUGACCGCCUCUCUGGAGGAACAGCAAGCCUGGAGGCCAAGGGCCCAGACUGCAACCACUGCCUGGAUUCCAGUCACAGCCUCUCCAACCCUGAGCUCCUCCCUCACCACCCUGUGCCUCAGUUUCCCUAUCUGUGAUUGUAGCCAACAAUGGUCGCUGCCUUAUUGGGCUACCAUGAGCAUCUGAGGAGUUAACAUUUGUAAAGGAUUCAGCGCCUGGCGCGGUCUGUGCACCACGAAUGUUAAAUAAAAUGUCGUCACUGCUCCAGUGACGCAGGGGAACCUCA